GCUUCCGAAACAACGGACAAACCGGAGAAGAAAGGCAGCAACCGUCAGGUGGAGACGGAUGGGAUCUCCGGAGUAAAAUUUUAGUCGGAGAAGUAAACCUUUCCGAUCUGUCACCGACGAGGAAACAGAUAUUACAAUUGAGUAAGCAACAGGCGACCCCAAAGAUUGACAGUGUUCUGGCAUGAAUUUCUCAGAAGUCUUCAAGCAGUCCAACCAGCUGUGCAAAGUCUCUCCGGAUGGAAAGUAUUUGGUAUGAAAUUUCCAUAUUUGAUGCCACCUGUGUUCAAUAUCGCCUUGUGGUGCGUGAUGUCAACACACUGCAGAUCUUGCAGCUGUAUACCUGUCUGGACCAGGUGGCCCAUAUGGAGUGGUCUUCAGACUCACUCUUUAUCCUCUGUGCUAUGUACAAAAGAGGGCUUGUACAGGUGUGGUCUCUGGAGCAGCCAGAAUGGCACUGUAAGAUAGAUGAGGGCUCAAUCGGACUACUCUCCUCACGCUGGAGUCCAGACGGACGUCACAUUCUCAACACCACUGAGUUCCAUCUGAGAAUCACUGUGUGGUCUCUUUGUAACAAAUCUGUGUCAUACAUCAAGUAUCCUAAGGCCUGCCAGAAAGGGCUGGACUUCAGUGCAGAUGGGCGCUACAUGGCUUUAGCUGAGCGACGAGACUGUAAAGAUUACAUUAGCAUAUUUGUGUGUGAUGACUGGCAUCUUCUCAGGCAUUUUGAGACAGAAACACAGGACUUAGCUGGGGUGGAGUGGUCUCCCAAUGGCUGUGUGCUUGCAGUGUGGGACUCCUGUCUUGAGUACAAGAUGCUACUGUAUUCCCUGGAUGGGCGUCUGUUGUCUACUUACAGUGCUUACGAAUGGUCACUGGGCAUCAAAUCAGUUGCCUGGAGUCCCAGUAGCCAGUUUCUUGCCAUUGGCAGCUAUGAUGAGAAGGUUCGGAUCCUGAACCACAUCACCUGGAAGAAGCUCAUUGAGUUUGAACAUCCAGCCACAAUCACCAGCUCCAAAGCUGUGGUGUUUAAAGAGGUGGAGAAAAGACCUGUCGUUGGUACUGAAAAUGUAUCCAUUCAUCAGAUCACCCUGGGCAGCUCCCUCUUCAACACUCAGAGCAAAUAUGAAAUCGCUUCACUACCAGUCCAGGUGACAGUGGUAAAGCCUGAUCUGGACCGAGCCAACCCCAAAAUUGGAAUCUCUGCUGUUGCUUUCAGUGCAGACAAUCGCUACCUCGCCACAAAGAAUGACAACAUGCCGCAGAGCCUGUGGGUGUGGGACAUGCAACGACUUGGCCUACAGGCCGUGCUGGAGCAGACUGCUCCCGUGCGCUGCUUCGUCUGGGACCCCCGAAAACCCCGUCUGGCCCUUUGCACCGGAAAUGCCAAAGUCUACCUGUGGUCAUUGGCCGGCUGCGUGUCCGUGAAGGUGCCAGCGGAAGGUAAUUUUCAGGUGCAGUCUCUUUUCUGGCAUGGCAAUGGAGAUUCAUUGGUCCUGCUUGGGAAAGACCAGAUUUGUCUGUGCUACAUGGCUACAGAUGAGGAGAAAUGAGCAGCGGACAGAAGCACCAGGCCCGCACCCUAAACCAGCACUCCAACUGACCUGAGGCUGCCUUAGUAAGUGUGUCUAGAAAAGGCCAAAGGUCAGGCUGCCCUAGUUCAUCUGGGGCUUGUUGUCUGAACUCAGAUUUUAACUCUGUGUUCUGAAGGGAACUAUAACUGGUCUUAAGUUAGAGGAAAAUGGCACACUUGUUCCAACGUACAAAAAAAAAAAGGUCUGGAAUCCAGGGAGCCAAUGUCUUUUAUGUUGUUUAAUCAACAACAAAGCACACAGUGUCAUUUUAUGUCAAGUGUAGACUUUCUCUCAUUUGACUGAAUUGAACUCUGAACAAAACAUUAGUUGUAAUAUCAUCUUGACUCUUAGUAUUGAACCUCUCUGACCAUAAAUGCUUAAAGCCUAGCGUAUGCUGUAGCAACUCAGUGGGCUAGUAAGGUGUAGAGACUUUUCCUAACACUAGUGUGACAAAAUGCUAGCAGGUUGUCUUCCGCUAUGGC